GGCCCCCAAGUUGUCUUCUUUUGGGCCACGCCUAUUCACGUGCGGAAUAGCGGAUAUAAUAGGAAAGCUUAGCGACUUGGCUUUGCAUGAUAGCAUGAGGCUUCAAACCAACUUGACUCUGUCUGUCAACUUUGCGAGCCUGACAGACACAAUGUCGAGAGACGUGGAGCCACUUCCGCCCUCAAGAUACGAGAGCAAGGAGGCCUCCGUCAUAACUGCCGUGACCUUGCUGAGUUUGUCCGCGGUCAUUGCCGUCAUUCUUCGCUUCAAAUGUCGUUCCAUGGUGCGCGCUAAACUCGCCAUUGAUGACUGGCUUAUCCUAGCAGCUUUGCCUAUUGCUAUCACAGAGGCUAUACUCGUGGGAUAUUCAACAAACGGUGGCCGGGGAAAACAUGUGGAGGUUGUUUCGCUCGUGUUAUGAGUGAACCCACCUCCUUAACUCCGGCGAGCUGGAUAAGAUAAGACAAAAUAGGGGCUCAAGUGACACGUAAAUAGGUACCAACAAUUCAACAGUUCGAGGCCCCUUAUCAUAUCAUCAGCAGCAUCGCAUCCUCACGGCACAAACCGUGACUGUGUGUCACCCAAUAUUCAAGUCUCUAUGUAGGAUAGAACAGGCAUAGUAUUCAAAGUGUGGGAGUAACUGAAACUGACACAUUAGGUAGCAUAAGUGACCUGGAUGACAUGAGUGUGUUAAACAAGAUAGCCAAUCCAAUCGGACUCUAGGUACGUCGUGUCACAUUUUAGAAGUGCCGACAUAC